UAUACAAUAGAAGCCAUAAUAAAAAAAAAAGCUCUCAAAGUCUUGGAUUUCUCUUCUAGGUUUUCCAUAGAUAAAGAAAAAUAAAAUAAAAUAAAAAACUAUAAUAAUAAUCUCUCACUGGUAUUCGCUUUUGCUUGGCAAUUGGGUUUCCUCGGAGUCUCUCUCAGGUUAAGUUGAAGUUUUAAGAUGUCUAACUCGGCUAUAGAUGUUCCCCCCAAGGGCGGAUUUAGUUUUGAUCUCUGCAGAAGAAAUGACAUGCUUAGUAAGAAGGGAGUUCAGCCACCAUCAUAUCGGAAGACAGGAACUACAAUUGUUGGUUUAGUUUUCCAGGAUGGCGUCAUUCUUGGAGCAGAUACGAGAGCCACUGAAGGACCCAUAGUUUGUGAUAAGAACUGUGAAAAGAUACAUUAUAUGGCACCAAACAUAUAUUGUUGUGGAGCAGGAACUGCUGCUGAUACAGAGGCAGUAACAGACAUGGUCAGCUCACAGCUACAACUGCAUCGCUACCAUACUGGUCGAGAAUCAAGGGUUGUUACAGCAUUGACCCUUCUUAAGAAACACCUUUUCAACUACCAAGGCCAUGUUUCAGCUGCUCUGGUUCUUGGUGGGGUUGAUGUUACUGGACCUCAUCUACAUACUAUAUAUCCCCAUGGAUCAACUGACACGCUGCCGUUUGCAACAAUGGGAUCUGGUUCACUUGCUGCCAUGGCCAUGUUCGAGUCCAAGUACAAAGAAGGCCUGACUAGGGACGAAGGAAUCAAACUUGUUGUUGAAGCUAUAUGCUCUGGUAUAUUUAAUGAUUUGGGAAGUGGAAGCAAUGUUGAUGUUUGUGUGAUAACCAAGGGGCACAAGGAGUACCUUAGAAACCAUCUGUUGCCUAAUCCCCGUACCUAUGUCAAUCCAAAAGGCUUUUCUUUUACUAAGAAGACCGAAGUUCUCUUAACGAAGAUUACUCCAUUGAAGGAGAAGGUGGAAGUGAUUGAAGGAGGAGAUGCAAUGGAAGAGUGAAAUCCAUCACACAGGAGCAGUAACUGUGUCAGUUGCAUUGUUUUUUGCAACUUCCAUUAUAAUUGUUGUAUUAAGCAGAAUGCUGAUGUAGUUUUCAGUAUUCAGCUUCAAUAUCUCAAUGUCUCGACAUUAACUUGUUAUGGAUUAUACUUUCCAAACUCACAUGCAGGCUGGCAAGAUAAUUUGGUCAUUUGUUCUGUAUGUGUCUUGUAUCCUGAUUUAAGAUCCUGAUUGCUUAAAUCGUACCUCAGAUUCACACUUCGUAGAAACUCAAUUUUAUUGAGUAAUCUCUAGUUUUAAA